ACAUUGACAGUGUCGUAUGUAAACCCUUAUAUGCAGUGGUAUUUAUCAGAUGAAUUCUGUAAUAUCAAAGAAAUGGUAGGUGUUUUUAUUUAUAGUAUAAUCUAAUAUGAAAGUAAGCUAAGCCCAACCCAUUGUAAAGUAAAUGUGCCUACUUGACUGACCUCUGUACUCUAAGUGAGGGUUUUAUUUAUCAUGAUCACCUUAGGUCAUUUAAAUGACCUUUUGAAGCUGAGCAUGAGUGUCUUGAUAGUCUUGUCUUCCUGUGCCUCACAGUUGAUCUCUGGACUACUUGUGUUUUCAAGUUCUUAUUAUUGCACAAGAUAAUCAUUGAAUUGGUUUUCCAGUAUUGAGGAACUAGAGAAAUGGCCACUACACAGUCUGUCUUCACAUUUGCUCUCUGCAUUUUAAUGAUAACCGAAUUAAUACUGGCUACAGAAAGCUAUUAUGAUAUCUUAGGAGUUCCAAAAACUGCAUCUGACCGCCAGAUCAAGAAGGCGUUUCACAAGUUGGCUAUGAAAUACCACCCAGACAAAAAUAAGAGUCCUGGUGCAGAAGCAAAAUUUAGAGAAAUUGCUGAAGCAUAUGAAACAUUAUCAGAUGAGAACAAACGAAGAGAAUAUGAUCAGUUUGGCCGUCAUGGAGGACAAGGGAAUAACGGAAGCCCAUACCGUCAGUCAUUUAAUUUCAACUUUGAUGACCUGUUCAAAGACUUUGAUAUCUUUAGUCAAAACUCACGGUCAAAAAAGCACUUUGAAAAUCACUUCCAGAGUCAUCGGGAAGCUCACAACCGGCAAAGACGUUCUUUCCAAGAGUUCUCCUUUGGAGGUGGACUGUUUGAUGAUGUGUUUGAGAACAUGGAAAAAAUGUUUUCGUUUAGUGACUUUGAAAAUGCACACCGACACGCCGUGAGAACUGAUUCCAGGUUUCACGGAUCCAGCAAGCACUGCAGGACUGUCACUCAGAGACGAGGAAACAUGGUGACCACAUACACAGACUGUUCAGGACAGUAGUGUUUCCUUUCUUUUCAUCUCUUCUUCCAACAUCUUCAUGAUCUUUCUUAACUUUGUCCUAACAUGGAAAAAAAAAUCUUAACUAUUCUAAAAAAAAACACUUAACUGCAAUAAAGAAAUUGUAGAUGAAACUAAUCUUCAGAAUAGAAACAAUGUAUGUUUGGGAAGUAAAUGUCUCAGUAACUACUUAAAAUGGGGGAGAAAUAAUCUCACAGGACAGAAAAUGCUAUGGAUUUGAGUUUAGUAAAUACUUUCUGUAAUUUUGAACUUCAACACAAGUAUUUCUAAUUUCAGAAAUGUAAUAUAAUUUUUUCAUGUAUGCCAGUUCAGGACUGUUUAAGUUACUGGUGCAUGGAUUUCAGCAGAGGAGAUGAUACUUUAAUUUUGAAGUGCUGCUUUUUCUUUAUCACGUCCUUCCAAGUUUGCACUUGCAGUUUUUACCCGAUAAGGACUUACUGUGCAAGUUAGAUAAUUUACACAAAAUAGCAGCAGAAAUAUGACUUACCUGGGUCCUUUUUACUCUUUGUCUUUGUACAGCGUUGCAAAUGUAUUAAUGAAAAAAAUACUUUCUAAAGCUGGAAAAUAACAAGAGAGAAUGUUAAGAUUGUGCUUUGCCUAGGAGAGUGAUAUAGUAAUUAACUUUUAUUUACAAAUAGCCUUUCAUUGGCCUGAAAGAUCUUAAGAUUUGAAUAACCCCAGACUUACUUAAGGGAUAUUUGUGCAUAUAAGCUUGUGUGCACACAAAGCCUUUUUUUGUUUGUUUGCUUGUUUUCCUUCCAACAUACAAAUAUCUUUCAAACAGGUUUGGAAGAGCACACCGAAAAUGCUCUUUGUUUUAUGCUUAUUACAUUACCAUGUGUGCAGUGUUGUUUCUGUAGCUCAGUUUAUUGAACUUAAAUACUCCUCUGUGUUUUUGUGAACUUUAACAAGACAAGGUUGCCUGCAGAUUUCUAGUGUUUCUGGAAGGGUCUAAAUAAAAAAUAGAUUUUUUUUUUUAUUGACAGAUUUAUUACCUGUCAUCAGGAAUUUUUCAGCACUGUGAUUUGAAAGGUGAAUUUUUAGCAUAAACACAUAGUAAAAGUGGAAAUUACAAUUGUAUUUACCUGAUGCCUUGUGGUGCUGCAGUCUGCUAAUAGGGACAGGACUAAAUGGGCAUAAGUUUCAGCACCAUGGAGAUGAAUGACCCCUAUAAACUAUUUAAAACUACAAAAGAAAGCAAACAAGAAAAACCUGAAUAUUCUAACUGAUGUCAACCAAAAAGUUCCAUUUAUUUCUUAACUAGUAGUACAGGUUUAUGAUUGUAAAUUGCUUCCUCUUAAUAAGAUUACUGUCACCCACAUAUUAACAUCUCUGUAGAAUUAUGCCCUAAAAAUUUGCCUUUCAGCUUGAUUGCAUGAGCAAAAUGAGCAUUUUAAACAGCAGUGUUCUACCUAGACUUUGAGUUCUUAAUAUCCUUACCAAAAGAGGUUUAACCCUUUACUUCUUGGAUGAAUAUUGAAAGCUGCCUAUUUGCUAAGUAACCUUCCCCAAGGGGUACGUAGUAUUGCUUGUUCAGUUUUCACUCACUAAAUACUUGGAAUGGAUUGUUGCAUUAUGUUAAGUGCUUUUCCUUUUCCAUGUUCUCCUUUAUUUAUUAAUAGACUAAUACCUCAUAUAUGGUCUUUAUAAAAAGCCAGUAAUUUGUGCAACGUUAUUGGAAUGUGCAAUAUUCUUUAGUAGGAAAGUGCUGGAGUGUGUUUAUUUCCACCCUUUUUCAAUGUAAGUAGAGAUUUUUAGUUUCUUCUUUAUGAUUAAUAUAUGAUUCAACCAAAAGUUGUAAUUCAUGUAGAUUUCUGCUUUUUUUUCUUUAAUGUACUCCAUCAGUCCUGUGCAUGAAUCAGAUGAUCUGUCUGAUUCAUAUCAUAUGGGCAUCCCAUUGAACAAAUUAGAACUUAAUGUUCUGAAUUGCUUUCUUUCACAAAGUAUUUUUAAGUGGGCAUUUCUGUAUGCAUUUGAGGAGAAUUGUUCAUGCUGGUAAAACUCGGGAAGGACGUGGCCUUUAGUAUUAAAUGUAAGAGUAUUAGUGAAUGUCCUUCAGGGAUAAUGACUGCUGGAACAUAGAGGUGGGAGGCAACUCUAGAAGCAGGAUGCAAAGGUAAAAUGUUAAUACCUACCUUAGUCUAGUGAACAUUUUCUUAACUGAAGGGGAAAAAAACCUUGAAACAUCAGGAUAAGCAGUUCUUAAGCAUGAGAGAAUGAAUAUUUAAAUUCCUACUACAACCAAACCACUGACUUCUCCAAACAUGUUUUUUUUCCACUUAAUGAAGUUGGGUCAGUUCUGUAAUCCUUAAGCAGAGGAAUAAAAGAUAAAAUGAGCACUGUAGGAAACACAGCCACUCCCAAAAUUAAGUUUAAGUCACUACGAGUUCACUGCCUUUCAGGCUUAGCUUUCAGUUAAAAAUCAAGGGUUCUUGCCUGCUUCUAGGCUAGCUUCCUCUCUUUAAGGGUGUUCCAAGCUUUAUUCGUACAAAGUGUACUUGUUUUCCAUAACUCUUUAAUGUCAAAGUAUGAAACUGAUGGUAAAACAAUAGGGUUACUAGUUUUUUAGCAGAUAGUACCUUAGAAAGACUUCUAGCUAGCCUAUUUUUAUCUGCUUCCAUAUUAGUUCUCUGAAUUUCUUCUCAUAGGUAAACCAACUUCAUAUUAUUCUUGUGGCUUCUGCAAGUGACCUUUCUGCUGCUUUGGUGGUUGAUCCAAGGUGAAAUCCAAAGGAGAGCCUUUUGCUAGUGUUGUAGUCUGAUGUGUGGCUGUCUGUGUGACUUUCUGUGAUGGAUAUGCUUUGAACAGAAUUUAGCUGAAGAAGGGCCACAAAAAUGAUCAGAUGAAUGGAAUACCUCUCUAAUGAGAACAGGGUGAGAGAGCUGGGGUUGUUCAGCCUGGACAAGUGAAGACUCCAGGGAGACUUUAUUGUGGCCUUUCAGUUCUUAAUAGGGGCCUGUAAGAAAGGUGGUGACAGACUUUUUAGCAGGGCCUGUUGCAAUUGGAUGAAGGGUAAUGGUUUUAAACUAAAAUAGGGGAGAUUCAGGUUGCACUUGAUAAAAAAAAAUCUUUACAAUGAGUGUGGUAAAAUACUGGUACAUGUUGCCCAGAGAGGUGGUGGAUGCACCAUCCCUGGCGACAUUCAAGGCCAGGCUGGAUGUGGUUCUGAGCAACUUGAUCUAGUUGAAGAUGUCCCUGCUCAUUGCAGGGGGGUUGAACUCGAUAACCUUUGAAGGUCCCUUCCAACUCAACCUUUAUGAUUCUAUAAGUUCAGGCAGGCUUUCCUCAGGCAUCAACCUUCAGUUCCACAGCUGUCAGAGCACAGGCUGGCAAAGCAUGAUGUGCUUCUCACUUAUUCAGAGCUCUUGCACAUUCUUUGCCUAUUUAUAGUGUUUGCUUCAUGGCAGGCUCUCCAGUGGAAGCCCUGACAUAACCCUAUGACACCCCUGACUUACAAGGGCCAUCUUUGAUCUCCAAAUCUUGUGAAAAGACCUAUCAAAACCUAUUACUUUUUCUUUGUAGUGUGAGGGUGAAAAAUACGAUUCUUUGUGAUUUGUUGAAAGGCAUUUGUGCAUAUGUAACUCCAAAUGGUUGAGUUUCUAAAACCUUACCAAAAACCUCAGUUGCUUUUUCAUGUUUGUUUUUUUUUUCCAUUAUACUUUUGAAACACAAUAUCUGGUGGAGAUAAAAGUACUGUAAAUGUAAUUAGGGUGCCAUUACAUUAAAUGUGAGAAUUGUUUGUGUGUGA